AUGAUGGCAAUGAUGAUGGUGAUGACUGUGAUUUGCAGCUCAUCGCUGCUGCUCGGGCUGAUCACUGUCAGCGCAUCACCCAGUGGAUCUUCAUCGUCUGCAUCCUCUACCUCAUCGUCAUCUUCACCAAGGAUGAAGCUUACUUACAAAGAGCUCCAGCAGUUUAACGGUGUGAAGCGUUUUGAAUUGGAACGCUCGUGCUGUUUUGGAGCGCUGCUACUGGACGAGGAGAGAGGACGGCUGUUUGUUGGAGCUCGCAACUUCCUGUUGUCUCUCAGUUUGGACAACAUUGCCAAACAAGAACAAAAGAUCUACUGGCCAGCACCUGUGGACUGGAGGGAGGAGUGCAACUGGGCAGGGAAAGACAUAAAUAUGGACUGUGUUAACUACGUGAAGGUGUUGCAUCACUUUAACCGCACUCACCUGUAUGCGUGUGGAACAGGAGCCUUCCACCCCACCUGUGCUUACGUGGAGGUCGGACAGAAGAUGGAGGAUCAUGUGUUUAGGAUCGAUCCAUCUCUAGUAGAAGAUGGUAAAGGGAAGAGCCCAUAUGACCCACGUCAUGCAGCAGCCUCUGUGUUGAUAGGUGAUGAGCUGUAUUCAGGCGUGGCCACUGACCUGAUGGGGCGGGACUUCACAAUUUUCCGCAGUCUUGGCCAGAGACCCUCCAUACGAACCGAACAACAUGACUCUCGCUGGCUCAAUGAACCGAAGUUUGUUGGUGCUUUUGCAGUUCCAGAGAGCGAAAACCCUGAUGAUGAUAAAGUCUUCUUCUUCUUCCGAGAAACGGCCGUCGAAGCUCAAGGCUUUGGCAAGGUCACCUACGCUCGGAUUGGCCAGCUGUGCCGGAAUGAUAUGGGAGGACAGAGAAGUUUGGUGAAUAAGUGGACAACAUUUCUGAAGACUCGACUCGUCUGCUCUGUGCCAGGCAACGAAGGCAGCGAGACACAUUUUGAUGAGCUCAGGGACGUGUUCCUGCUGCAGACCCGAGAUAGGAAGAAUCCAUUGGUCUACACUGUCUUCUCCACUUCCAGUAGUGUAUUCCGAGGCUCAGCUGUGUGUCUGUACACUAUGAAUGACAUCCGCAGGGCAUUUCUGGGGCCAUUUGCCCACAAAGAGGGACCCAAUUACCAAUGGGUGCCCUACCAGGGCAAAGUCCCUUACCCACGACCAGGCAUGUGUCCAAGUAAGACAUUUGGCAGUUUCGAGUCCACUAAGGGCUUCCCAGACAACGUGAUCCAGUUUGCACGUCACCAUCCACUGAUGUAUAACCCAGUAAUGCCGCUGGGGGGCCGCCCGCUGUUCCUGCGCACUGGAAUCCCCUACAGCUUCACACAGAUUGCAGUGGACCGCGUCAAUGCAGCUGAUGGUCACUAUGAUGUCAUGUUCAUCGGAACAGAUGUUGGCUCAGUGCUGAAGGUGAUCUCUGUGCCCAAGGGAGGCUGGAGCAACACAGAGCUGCUCCUGGAGGAGCUGCAGGUCUUCAAGGACUCUUCAUCGAUCAUCAACAUGCAGAUCUCCUCCAAACGACAACAGCUCUAUGUGGGUUCUGAUACAGGGCUUGGUCAGGUGCCUCUGCAUCGCUGCAGUAUGUAUGGGAAAGCGUGUGCUGAGUGCUGCUUGGCCCGAGACCCCUACUGCGCCUGGGAUGGACAUGCAUGCACGCGUUACCUGCCCAACACCAAACGGCGCUUCCGUCGCCAGGAUGUAAGGAAUGGUGAUCCUAACACACUCUGUUCAGGAGAUCACCAGAAGCAACGUGUUUUGGAGAAGAAGCUGUAUGCAGUGGAGGGCAGCAGCUCCUUCCUGGAGUGCAUUCCCAAAUCUCUGCAGGCUCAGGUCACCUGGACCUACCAGAGACACCUCAACAACCCACGAGAGGAGGUGCGUCUGGAUGACCGUGUACUUCAGAUGGACCGUGGCUUACUGCUGCGGCGUGUGGCGCGUAGAGACGGGGGUAUGUACCAGUGCCAUGCAAUGGAGCACGGAUUCACUCAAACUCUUUUGGGCAUCACACUUGAGGUUGUGCCCUCUACAGGCCCCACCCCUCCUCAUAGCCCUGUCCACAGCCAAGGACAGUCCUCCACCAAUCAGAAGCUGUGGUACAGAGACUUCAUGCAGCUGGUUGAUCACCCCAACCUGAGCACGGUUGACCAGAUUUGUGAGCAGGUGUGGUCACGUAAGCACGGCCAGUCAUCCAAAGGCAUUUCAGAGCCAGCUAAUGAGGCGCCACCUAUUGACCCCCUUCAGUCAACGCACAAAAAGUGGAAGCAUCUGAAGGAGGUGAGGAAGGGGCGAAACCGCAGAACACAUGACGGAAGACCCGCUCCCCGAGCGCCUCGGAGCGCAGGAGAGUAACGAGGGAUAAAGAGAGUGGGAGGAAGCAAGACUGAGAAAGAAAAAAGAGAGAGAUCACUGGAGUUGGACAAAUCUGCACACAUCUCAUUUAGUGACUAUUUAUCAUCUAACACAACUUUUCUAUACAUUAUAACUCCUUUGACAGCUUUCUGUCGCUCCUAUUGUCCAGUUUACCACACAUCAUUGCCCCAUUACUGCCCUUGUCCCUUCUUGCUUAACAUUUUACUGCCCUAAUGACCCUUCUGCCUGUCUCUACCAACGACUGUAUACAUCAGUGGAUGGUUGGCAGUUGAAAAGUGAAGCAAGUAUGUAUCUGGCACCCCCUAGUGGCUGUUUGCAAUAUCAUUUUUAACCCCAUCCACACCCUUGUCCACUAAUGGAGCACAAGUUACAUAUGCAGUCAGUUUUUUUUUUUCUUCCACAUAGAAGUUAUCUGGUGAUAUUUAAAAGGACAUGGUUGACAAGGUGAUUGGUUGAAAUUGGUAUCAGCAUUGGUAGACAUAUAUAUCAAAAAUAUGGGGCAGUGGCUCACAGUUCCCAUUUCAAUGCAUCCCAACAGCUACUUGCUAGCAAAAAUCAUUACUUCACUGAGAUUUUAUUGGACUUGAAGCUUCACAGUGGCACAGUGGAAGUCGAUAUGGCCAUGCUGUCCACUCCAUGUAUAUGGUCGUUGAUCCUCCUUUGCCCUCCCUGCUGUCCCAUGCACUCUGUCAUAUGGUCAUCCACUUUAACCACUCCUACUCAGAAGGACUGCUAGCAUACCUAAUCAGACAUAAAUACACACAAACACGCACAGUGCACGUGGACGCACACAAACUCACACAGAAAUACAUACACACCCAAAUGGUACAAAAACACUCCCUUUAAGCUGAACACAAACACACAUACUAAUGCAAUAAUCAUUUGCGUGGGCAUCUUUACUAAGACAAAAAAAAACAGCUGAGAAACUACAGAUGAGGAUGAUGUUAUUACAAACAAACUGUCUCAUUGUGGCUAAGACUCUAAGAAAUGGAGGAAUAUUCAAACCAUGCACAACAAACUGUUACGCACGCACACACACACAUACACACACUCUCUCUUGUAUAUUUCUCUCAUAUGUUUUUAUAUGUGUGUUAGUGCUUUGUGCUGUUUGUAGAGUUAGACUUUGCUAUCCUCCAUAUUCUCUCAGUGUGACCCUGAACCACUAUGAGUGAAACCGCUCCAUCUGUUCCACCCACUGCUCUCCACCACUAGCUGCCUGUCACGCCACUGUUAAAGCUGCCCUGAGGUGUUUGGUAUCCCCAGGAAAGGUAACGACCAGAAAUAAAGGGAAAUCAAACUUAAUACCUUCAUUCAAAUAGCAGAAAACAUCAUUACAAGUAGGGACCCGACAGUCACAAUUUUCUAUGGCUGAUUCUGAGUUCUUUACAGCCAAAUUGGCUAAUGGCCAUUUUGUAUUAUUAUUUAUUAUUAUUAUUAUUAUUAUUAUUAUUAUUAUUAUUAUUAUUACUAUUCAAAUAAACACAUGAAACACACUGACACACUUGCAGUGGUUUCUAUUAAUCAAAGUUGCAAAAUAAAAUAACAUUAUUUGCUCUUUUGGACCAAACUGACAAUUUACAUUCUCAAAUGAAAAAUAAGUUAAUUAUUAAAAUCACAUGAAUCAAAUAAUGUGGAACAUCAAAAGUAAAAGGUGACUGGCCACUUAGCCCAGUGAGUGAUAUAUAUAUAAGUAUAUGUAAUGAUGGUAUGUAUAAUAGGUGUAACAGCAGUAUUCAAAUACAGUGCGAGUGCCUUCACCUGGCUCAUGUUAUUUAUGUCUAUUAUGUAAAACUGCAACACAGAUUGGCCCAAAUUAAAAUAAUAAAUUGGCUGAUUACUUAUUAUAUAUGUCGAUUCCGAUCUAUGCCGAUUCUGACCAUGCAUCCCUGGUUAAACACUUUUGAGAUUUUUUUUAAAACAUAAAACUCAACUUUGACGCACAGCUGCUUAUUAACAACCUACUGGACAUAAGCUCUUAAGGGCAGCUUUUUCCUCCCACUUCACACAAAUCACAAAAUUCUAAGUGGUACUUAUCAUUGUGGGAUUUCAGAUUGAAGCCCUUGGGAUUAGAAAAUGGAAGCUUUUGCUUAUAUUUUAGUUUUGUCUUGCCUUUUGAUGACGUGUUGUGCAGAAAGAGGCAGCAUUAGACAUAGCAUCAAUGCAGAGGCACAGUAUGGGACAAUGAAAGGACAUGGGCACAGAAAAAAUUGAGUUAUAAUAGAAAAACAGAGAUUUUACCCACAAUUAAUCUGCUAGUAAGACAAGAUGAUUGUGUGUGGUCCCAUAUGUUUGUGUCUAGGUGUGUGUGUGUGUGUGUGUGUAUGUAGACUUAUGUGCAUGUUUCUGGCUUUGAAAUAUCGCUGCACCAACAGUCAGGAUAGUAUGUGCUUUAAUAAAUUCUAUAUUAAUUCAGUAUUAAUAAUAUAUAAGUAGUAGUUAUAGCAUUAAUGAAUUACAAAAUAAAAUAAAGUCUGAUACUACAGUGCUGUUAACAUCUACCCACCAGCCCUUUCUGCUGAUAUAGGAUCACUGUAAGUGAUUUCAGUUGCUUUUGGUGAUGAAUUAUAUCUCAUCCUUCAGACCACACUGGCUUUAGUCAGUAGUGCCUGUUUCAUACACAGCUAAGGGCCAUGCUUAGGCAGAAAUGUAAUGUUAUCUUAUUUGGCAGCAGCCUCUGUGGUUACAAAUACUUGAUGCCAAAUUCUGUUAUUUCCCCAAGGAGUUUGAGGUUUUGGCAAGUGUGAGUGGGAACAGGGGACUGAGUCCAACGCUGAGGGCCUGAAAGUGGAACUAAUGGAUUCUGGUAUGGCCACUAGGGGGCACAGUAGCACUGGCUUGGUGUAGUGAGAAGAGCAGCUGGAAAAUCAAUGAUCUUACUGCAGGAUUGAGUGACUGAGCACUGGAGUCCAGCACAAGUUGGAAUUUUCCCUGCUCUAACACUGAACUAAACCAGGCAAUAAAGCAAUGAAUUUAAUCAAGUUUAUUUAAGCUGGAAAUUCACCAAAUUGUGCAGAAAUCUAGCCCUCUGGAGCCAGAGGUCCCCACUCUGGCACUCUGUCCCACAUUAGUGGUUGUAUACACUUACGUAAUGCAUUUCUGAAUUUAGCAACAAUGUGCAAGUUCCUGGUGGGGCUGCAGUUGUACAUAUUUGUACAUUAUCUAUUUUGGACAGGUAGUUGUGGCUAUGAUAUUUAAAUUCCUCCCCAAUAUCAAUACCAGCAUGGACUUUAGCCCACUGUAAUGCAGUUUUGGGAAAGGGGUGCAUUUAGUCUGUAUAUUGUGAUCUUGUGCACUGUGCUUUUGCACAUUUCAGAAAUGGGGCACUCACCAGAACAUGUCCAAACAUGCACAAAACUGCAAGUAUGGACUGCAUGUGUGGGAGAGGCCUUUAGAACAGGCUGCACUGGCCAAGGUUGCCCCUAUGUGGCCACUAUGGGUGUUGCCCUCUGACAUUGUACAAGGGUCAUUGGUAAGAGAAUGAAUUUGUAAGAUAAUCAAAUCAUUUUUUGGGUUGCUUUUUGAACCAUGCAUAUAAGAGUGUCUUGGGUUGGAGAUGGUGGACUGUCGUGUGCUAUUUAUAAUGCUUUAUGAUGUAAAGAAUGGCUAUGCCAGUUUUGUUCCUUUGCAUGACUAAAGACGUGUAGUUGAGCGUUUUGACAAUGGAGAGGAAGCACAGUGUCAUAUUUGGUUUAUCUGGUGUUCUUAUGGCAUAUUUAUGACUUAAUAAGCUAAUAUGUAGUGGUGAAUUGUGCUGACAAAUUGACAUUUGUAAUAUAUCCAUUCUGCUAGAGGAGAAAACUGGAGAAAAAAAAAAUGUUUGUAUAUUUUGAAGUUAUUUGUUCAUUCCCUUCCUUUUAAAACCAUAUUUAAGGACUUAAUCCAAAACAUUUCUUGUAGGAAAAUUUUGCCAUUACUUUGCCUUUUUUUUUUACAAUGCUUUCUGAGAGAUCAUCCAAAUGACCGGACCCACUGAUUUCUUUGCCUUGUGACACUUCUCAACUUCUGAGAGACAGAGUGAGAGAAAUUGUGUGAUUGUGUGACCAUGUGUGUGUGUGUAUGUGUAUGUGUGCAUGUGCGCGCGUGUGUGUGUGUGUGUGUGUGUGUGUGUAUGGCACACGUUAAGAUGUCAGUAAGUGUGUUUUUGUGUGUCUACAGUUAGAUGUUAUAACUUCUGUAAUCUAAGGGUAAAAGUGUGAGUUCAUUUUAUGGAGAGGUCAGACGUUGAAGGCCAAAGUUGACGUGGAACACUGUAGUACUUCCUGACUAUUUCUAUGUCGUUUGUUGCAUCAGACUGUAUUUGAUUAACACAAAGAAAUAAACAGUUACUGCAAAACA